GCGCUACCAGCUUUUUAAUAUAAAUAGUCAUCUACUAUAUAUGACCGUUUACUGUAUAUGACCAUUUACCGUAUAUAGCUUUACUAUGCAUAACAAUUGAGUAAGUUAUAAAUAGGCAGCAAACUCCAUAACCCAACAAUGAUACGAUCAGUAGACUCCAUAACCCAAGAUAUGAUCAAGUGAUUGCCCACAAUAUGUAACUUUUCAUUCCUUUGCUAAAAUAUUCUUAUUUGAUAGAAGUGGAUUCUUGAAGCAUUUAUAAAAUGCAGAACAAGCCAGAAACUAUCCAUGUCACAUCCAAUACUUAAAUGACACACAAUAUUUAAAGGACACGCUACUACUUUGAUGAAUUUUAUAUAAGGAUACAAAUGUUGGUGCGUUGAAAUAGAAUGUGCAUAUCACAUUUUGGCGAUGUCAUUUUAAAUAAUUCUAAUCCCUUUCCUUUUUUGUUUCCUUCCUAUAAAAGAGUCCUCUUAUCCUAUGUUUUGUGCUUCCCUAUCAGCUCACAAUCUCCUUGUAAACCUCUUCAGAUUGCUUAUAAUUUUGAGUAUGAAAAUCUCGGGAGCCCAUUUUCCAGAACCUGAAAAGUAUGGCAUGAUCCAAAGCCUCAAUGUCAAUGAAUUAUUGUCUUAUAUUCCUCUUAACUCAGCCUCUACUACUGAUGAAGGUGAUGAUCAGAACCAGAAGACUAGGAUCAGCGUUGAUGAGAGGAGGCGGAGGAGAAUGAUAUCAAAUCGGGAAUCGGCAAGAAGGUCACGGAUGAGAAAACGGAAGCAUCUUGAUGAACUUUGGUCACUGGUGGUUCGGCUUAGGACAGAGAAUCAUAAUCUUAUGGAGAAGUUGAAUCAGUUAACGGAGUCUCAACAGCAGGUUAUUCAAGAGAAUGUCAAACUCAAAGAAGAAGCAAUGGAUUUUCGACAGAUACUCACUGACUUUCAAAUGGGAAGUCCUUAUUCAACUCACUUGAGAGAGCUGGAGUAAGCCCCCCGCAAUACCUUUGAUCUCGUAGCUGAAUCCUCUCAAGACAAUCUAACGAGUAGAGAAGUUUCCUUCCCUGUAUCACUAAGAUCGUAGCUAUUUUCUCACAUAGUUCUUCGAGUUUCUCUCUGUUUUGGCAUGGUUUUAAUAAGCCUUUAUCCUUUACUCAGCUGUAUAAAUUGAAGAAAUAAGAACUUUUAA